GACCUGAUUUCCAGUAGCACUGACCAUUCAUGGCUCGUAUGUUGCCUUCAGUUGGAAAUACAGCCUGAGGUACCUCCAGCUGGAUGGUCACCCUGGCAGUAUUUUAAUUCAUCACGUUGUAUGGAAUCCCACUGCGGCCCACGCACAGACCAAGAGUGCCACCAAAGAGAUGCUGUUGAAGAAUGCUGGACAUGAAAAUGAGUUGAACAUUAUGAAAUCUCCUGUCCCUCUGGGUUGCCAAUCAGUGGUCAUCUAACAUCAUCUCAGAGGAAAACCAGAAGAGCUCCACUCUAACUCCUGUAAGGGUUAGUCCAUUAUGGAAGAUCAAACAAUUUUCUGGCGCUGGUUUUGUGAAAUUCGGCUGCUGCCUUGGAGCCUCCAUUUGAAAAAGAAAUUAACAUUGAGGAACAAUUAAAGAGGAAAAUCAGCUCCAGAGAAUGAGCACUAUAAGUGGUACUGGGAUAUUAGUCAGCUUAACAACGGUGUCUGUCACGCUAGAUUUUAGUUUGCACGGUGGUCUGAUGGCUUGGCCCUUAAGCAACAAUUUGACUCUGAAUCAGAGUUUGCCCACGUCCGACCCUCUUAAUGCCUCUGAGUGGGGAGAAGUCUCUCGUAUGUCCAUGAGGCAGAAGAACUGGCCAGCCCUCCUGAUUUUGGUUAUCAUUCUGCUGACUAUUGGUGGAAACAUCCUUGUAAUUAUGGCUGUCUCCUUGGAGAAAAAGCUACAGAAUGCCACAAACUACUUCCUAAUGUCCUUGGCGGUGGCAGAUAUGUUGGUGGGGAUCCUAGUCAUGCCCGUUUCCCUCAUUACAAUUCUAUACGAUUCUGCUUGGCCUUUGCCUAAACAAUUGUGUCCCGUAUGGAUUUCCCUAGAUGUGCUCUUUUCAACUGCCUCUAUCAUGCAUCUCUGUGCCAUCUCUCUUGAUCGGUAUGUAGCAAUACGCAAUCCCAUUGAGCACAGCCGCUUCAAUUCCCGCACCAAGGCUAUUAUGAAAAUUGCUGCAGUUUGGACCAUAUCAAUCGGGAUAUCCAUGCCCAUCCCGGUCAUAGGAUUGCAGGAUGACUCCAGGGUGUUUGUGAAUGGGAGCUGCAUUCUGAAUGAUGAAAACUUUGUCCUUUUUGGGUCCUUCGUGGCAUUCUUUAUCCCGCUCAUCAUCAUGGUGAUCUCGUACUGCCUGACUGUCCAGGUGCUGCAGAAGCAAGCGACGGUGUUCAUGUACGGCGAGGUGCCCAAGCAGCGAAGGAGCAGCAUGAACUGCCUCAAAAAAGAAAACAACACAGAGAACAUCUCGAUGCUCCAGAACCACGAGGCGGCCUCCCACUUGAACUCUCCCGCAAAUAAGGAAGCCGUGCUCUUUCGGAAAGGGACCAUGCAGUCUAUCAACAACGAGCGCAGAGCCUCCAAGGUCCUGGGCAUUGUCUUUUUUUUGUUUCUUAUCCUGUGGUGUCCAUUUUUCAUCACUAACAUCAUGUCCGUUCUUUGCAAGGAAGCCUGUGAUGGGAGCCUCCUGGGCGAACUCAUGGACGUGUUUGUGUGGGUUGGUUACAUUUGUUCUGGGAUUAACCCCCUGGUAUACACACUCUUCAAUAAAACCUAUCGCAGGGCUUUUGCCAACUACAUCUGCUGCCAGUACAAGCCCAGUAAAAAAUCAACACUGCAACAAAACCAGUGUCUGAAUGUCGCUUCCACAGCUUCGUACGGGAAAGACCUUACUUUAAAUAGCUACCGAAAUGGCAAUGAACUCAACAGCAUGGAGUUGGAUGAAACUGAGGAGGGCUUAGAAAUGCAACCAGGGACUUCAGAGCUGUCGAUAAACAACUGCAAUGUUGUAAGCGAAAGGGUGAGCUGUGUGUAAUCGAGUCUCACCCGUGGCUCUGCAGCUGAAAUAUACCUGUGUAAAAAUGUAUGUGUCAGUCAAAGAACAAUGUAAAUACUGCAUCCUGAACAAAGCUUUUUUUAAAAAAAUCAUCUUUCCAGCCCAGUGCUUUAAAUCCUACAUACACUGAGGGGAGGUUUAAAGUUCUAUAUUUACUGUUCCUACUAGAUCAAAAAUAUCAAGUAUUUUGCUUAUAUCAUGGACAAAAUGCUGACAUUUUCUUCCAGUGUAUGAACAAAAAUGCUGAAUACUUA